AUGCCGCCGCCGCCUCCUCCACCACCGCCUCCCAUGCCUGGGAAAGGAAGGGGCAUGCCACCGGCUCCGCCGCCAAUGGGAGGGAUGAAAGCACCAGCGCCGGGUGCAGGCAGAGGAGCACUCUUGGGCGACAUUACAAAGGGCGCACGACUGAAGAAAGUGACACAAAUCAACGAUCGAUCCUCCCCUAUAGUCGGCAAAGUCAGCGACGGACCUGCAGCAGCACCCAUGGGCGCGCCCAAGAUUCCUGGAGCUCCGGCCGUUCCUGGAGGGGCGAACCGAGCAAGAGCCAACAGCGACAAUGGAGAUGGAGGAAGUGUACCGGCUUCAGCACCACAAUUAGCAGGAAUAUUCGCUGGAGGACUCGAGGCCCAACUCGGUAGCCUCAAGUAUAAGCGGGAAGCCUAA